UUUAUUUAUCUUAUCUUUAGCAGGGCAUUAUAGAAAGUGCCUGUAAUCUCAGCAUUCUAGGAGGCUGAGACAGGAUGAUCAAAAGAUUAACUGCAGCCUGAGCAAAUUAACUUGUUUUGUUUUGCUUGAGACAGGGUCUCUGAAUAUAGUUUAGGCUGCCCUUGAAUCCACUAUGUAGCUCACAGGGAAGUAAAGACUAAAGGCUGGUGAUGUAGUUCACUGAAAGACUCUGGGUUUAAUAAAAAUCUCAUAUUCUUUGGUAGUUUCUGGUUUCUUUCCUCGUUUGAAAUACAGGGUCUUCUUUUGAGAUAGGGUCUUCUUAUGUAGUCUAGGCUGGCUUCAAUCAGCAAUCUUCCUCACUCAGCCUCUGGAGCACUGGGAUUACAGGCAUGCACCACCACACCUGGCAUGUUAUUUCUAAUAAAUACAACAAUUUGAUCAAAUUGUCCAUCUUCUUUUCAUACCUAAGGAAGUAGAAGCUUCAUAUGGUUUCCAGAAUUUACUUUUUUAGACAGGGUUUGGCUAUUAUUCAGGCUGGCUUUAAACACGUGGAGAAUCUCAGCCUCCCACCUGAGCAGGGAAUGAAUCUCAAUUCGACACCACACUUGGCUAGAAUUACCAGCCACUUAUGUUUUUACUUUAUCCUGGUGCACUGUACUUUAACCAGCGAUCAAUCCUAAAAGGCUUCUUGAUGUAGGCAACAAACCUGUUUGGGCCAGUUCAAACAAAGUGAUCAUGAGAGGAUUUGGCCAGACCUCAGUAGGCAGAGCCUGCUCUUCUACCAGUGGGAAAGUCCUUUCUUCUGUCCCAAGAGGGUUUCCAAAAUUUCCAUUUCGAUGGAAUACAAGCCCCACCCACCCUCCUAACAGACUGAACCCAAGCUGCAUCUCUGCAGACGCUGGGGGCGCUGUCGGAUGCCCGGCCCGAAGCCGUGUCGCCCUUGAAGGCCUGCGGCCGCCUUGCCGCACUCAGACAACCAUGGCCGCCUCCGUUACCCUCCGCUACUUGUCCGGGAUGCGAUUCGUGCCACGCUGUCCGCGCACCGAGCUGCUAUGGACUCCGAGGCGUUGGCACCGGCUCUCGCCGGCAGACGACGAGCUAUACCAGCGGACGCGCAUCUCUCUGUUGCGACGCGAGCUCCCGCACGCCAUGUACAUCGACAGCUACAGCAGCCGGGGCUUCACAGUCAAUGGAAACCGCGUGCUGGGGCCGUGCGCACUCCUCCCGCACUCCGUGCUGCAGUGGAAUGUGGGAUCCCACCAGGACAUCACCGAGGAGAGCUUUUCCCUCUUCUGGAUGCUGGAGCCCAGGAUAGCCCAAUGCCUGUGCCACCUUCAACUUCCUGUGUCAUGAAGGCCGAGUGACAGGAGCUGCUCUCAUCCCCCCACCUGGAGAGAUUUCACUGACUCAUCACACCCAAGCUGCAAAGUGAACAGCCAAGGACCUAUCCGAGGCCUAGGAGAGCACUGGCAGAGUGCUGGCACUCCCACUGCCGAAUAACUUCACCCCCAUUGGCAUUCUAUUGUCAUGCUUGCUAGGGUAAUAAUUUAUAUACUUA